UAACACGCUAGCUGAAACAUCACCCAUAUUCUUUGCUGGAAGUAACACUGCAGAAUACAUUGAUCGCAAAAUGGCAACUAUUCUUCUCACUGUUACAUUGGUAUUAUUGGCUGGGGUAUUACGAAGUGAUUCGACCGAUCCUACCGAGAUCCCGCGUUUUUGUCCGAAACUGAACAAGUCUACAAGAGUUGGACCGGCCGGCAGCGAAAUUUUUUCGGGUUACAAAGAAAAGGCAUGUGCAUGUUACACAGCAUGCGAAAACACAGCUGAAUGUCAGAUGUGGGACUUCCACAAACAAUCACAUACAUGUAAAAUGUAUGACCAAACCAGCACUUUGACAUUCAACGGCGCACAUCAAUCUGGAAUUAAAAGUGAUACUUGCAAUCGACUUGACAUGUCUGAUAGACCUGGAUCGGAUAUAAAUACAGUGGCACCAUAUACAUAUACCAAUGAACCGUGCGAUUGCGAUGCCUUAUGCGCACUAGAUCCGACGUGUCUUUCUUGGUCAUGGAGUAAGAAGAGCUUUGAAUGUAAACUCAAGAACGGCGUGCCUGAUUUGAUAAAACCAGACAAUACUCAUGUGUCCCGUGUCAUGUCAGUGCCCAGCUAAGUAUCCAGCGAGAAUAUUUUGAAUGAUCGUAUUUUCAUUGAAAAAUAUUACAUCAUUAAAUCUCUCUGUCAAUAGUAACA